AUGCCGCGAAGCUCUGGGCAAGCGCGGAGCGCCGGGCAUCAGAGCCCAGGAUUGAGCUUGGAGUUCACCGAUUCAGUGCCACAAGACAUGCAGUGGCUUGGCAGUGGGCCAUGUCUGCCGGCAGUGAUUGAUGUUUCGAUGCGGGGCAUAUUCGAUUCUGGGAAGCGGCGAGAUGUCGGCCCACAUUGUUUCCGGGCGGAGAUGACGCUGCCAGGGAUUUGUGUACAAAGAUGCAGCCAUCACAAGACCAAGCCCAAAAGUACCGAAAGUACAAUGUGCAGGUUGCAAGACGCAGAGCCGGACUGUGGUGGGCCGCCGAGACUGACGCUGGUGGGCCACCAGUGGCGGGUCCGCAUUUGCCAGUGCUACCUGUAA